UCUCGCACUUCAUGAACCUCGGCACCUCGCUCCUCUUCAGCCGCACCCACAUCGUCGACCAACACACCGUCGCGCCCUACGUCCACUCGUUCUCGCACCAACGCACCUCGUCCAACCUCGUGCGGCGCAUCUCGUUCCCGGACGUCGUCCCGCGGCGCGACCUCGCCCUGCGCUUCGUCCCUGGCGAUUUUCUCGAGCUCUUCACGUCGCUCGACCAGUACGACGCCGUCGUGACCCUGUUCUUCAUCGACACGGCCGCCAACUUGCUCGCGUACCUCGACACGAUAUGGGCUGCGCUCAAGCCCGGCGGCGUCUGGGUCAACGAAGGCCCGCUCCUGUACUACGGCAACCCGGGCAUGGAGCUCCCGCUCGAGGACGUCGUGCGCGCCGCAGAACUCGUCGGGUUCGUCAUCGAGAAGCGCGACGAGCUGCGCGAGGUGCGCUAUACGGCCGAUGAGCUCGGCAUGUACACCUUCGCCUACGACUGCGCGUUCUGGGUCGCACGCAAGCCGAGCGAGGCAGGGAGAGAGCCAGGGGCAGAGCGUGGUCCGGCGCGAGGGCUGUAGCUGCGGCAGUUCUGCAUCUCUCGAGCGCGAGUCGAUCCU